CGCCGACGCCGUAGCACCCAGCACCGUUCCCACCGUCUGCGCCGCCACCCCCGCAGACACAAAAGGCCACUCCGCACACGCGUACGGCCCACCGACUUUCCCCUUCCCCUACGAUGGCCGACCCAACCGCGUUCUACGAGCCCGAGGAGGAUGAGCUCCUCUCGUCCCUCGCCGUGCCGCAGUACGGCGGCGAGCAGGGCUAUACUAACGAGGAGAGCUACCGCCGCCUUCAGGAGCUGGAGCAGCACGCGUACGCGCAGCAGCUCGCUGCCGCCGAGAAGGACCAGGCGCAGGCGCUCGAGGCGAUCCCCGAGGAUGUCAAGCGCUUCCUCGUGCUCUUCCACCAGGCGAUACUCGAGAACGACCUCCCCACCAUCACGAACAUGUACGAGAGCGGGUGGAACAAGCUCACUCAGGCGUACUACCAGCACGCCGAGUGGCCUGAGGCCGAGCUCAUCGCGCCUCUUGUCCAGAACGACCAGGUGUUCCUUACGCUCUACCGCGAGCUGUACUUCCGCCACGUUUACGCACGUCUGCAGCCUACGAUCGACGACCGCUUCCAGUCGUACGAGAACAUCUGCGAGCUGUUCAACUACUUGUUGAACUCGGACGGCCCCGUGCCGCUCGACCUCCCAAUCCAGUGGCUGUGGGACAUGCUCGAUGAGUUCGUGUACCAGUUCCAGUCGUUCGCGCAGUGGCGCGCGAACCCCAAGACGAAGAACGAGGACGAGCUCGACAUGCUUGCGGAGGCGAGCCAGAUCUGGUCGUGCUACUCGGUCCUCAACGUGCUGUACUCGCUUGUGCAGAAGUCACAGAUUAACGAGCAGCUCCAGGCUGAGAAGGAGGGCAAGAGUGCUGAGGAAGUCGCCGAGAUUGCGGGCGAGUACGGCUCCAAGCCGCUCUACCGCAACCUGGGCUACUUCUCGCUCAUCUGCCUGCUGCGCGUGCACGUGCUUCUGGGCGACCCGACACUGGCUCUCCAGACGAUGGAGAACGUCGAGCUCUCGAGCAACGCUUUCCUUACCCGCAUCACCGCGUGCCACGUCACGACCUACUACCACGUCGGAUGUGCGUACAUGGCGCUCGGCCGGUGGCCGGACGCCGUCAAGACGUUCAUCAGCGUCCUCAUCUUCUUCCUGCGCAUGAAGCAGUACCACACCAGGAGUUACCAGUACGGCUCGAUCACGAAGACGUCCGAGCGCAUGUACGCGCUCCUCGCGAUCUGCACGACGCUCUCGCCCGGCCCGACCGACGACUCGAUCAUGUCCAACGUCAAGGAGCACUACGGCGACCAGCUGCAGACGCUCCAGCGCGGCGGCGACGAGGCGCUCGAGGUGUACAAGGAGCUCUUCCUGCAGGCGUGCCCCAAGUACUUGAACGUGAACCCGCCUCCGUACGAGGACCAGGACGCGCUGCAGGAGUACAUGGCUGCGCCGCCGCCCGAGGCGACGCAGCGCCACCUCGACCUGUUCCUGUCGGACGUGACGGCCGUCCGCGGCGUCAGCAACGUCCGCAACCUCUUGAAGCUGUACACGUCGAUCGAUGCGGCCAAGCUCGCAGCCUUCCUGACCGCCGGCGACGCCGAGGAGGAGGUGCUCGAGCAGCUCAUGGUGCUCAAGGCCGCGUCGCGCACGUACGGCAAGCACGCUGGCGGCGGCUCGCUUCUCGACGGCGACCGCAUCGUCACCAACAACCUCGACUUCACCGUCGACGGCACGAUGGUGCACGUUGAGGAGACGACGGCGCACCGCCGCUUCGCGGGCUUCUUCAUCCGCAACGCCGAGCACGCGCAGCGCGUGUACAACACCAUCCGCACCGCCCCACUUCCGUCUCCCCGUCGCAAGGAGGACGAGGCGAAGAAGGAGGCGUCUAAGCCUGAGCAGCGGAAACCCCAGGCGUGGGCGCCCAAGUCGCGCGUGCGCGUCGCUGCUUAAGCGCGACGACGGGAGAUGUCGGCGAUGAUUGCGUAGCGCGGGCGGGGGCACCCGCCUGCGGAGCCUGGCGCGGUAGGCGUGCCGGGAUAGAGUAGCUGUGACAUAUGCAUACAUAAACGGAA